CCCUCUGAAGGUUUAAUACGACGCAGAGUCGAGCACACGGUCACAGUCGUGCCCUGGAUUGUAGCAGAGACACAGCGCGAGAGAGAGAGAGAGAGAGAGAGAGAGAGAGAGAGAGCAGCCUGUGAGCCCACCACCAUGGAUGUCAAACUGCUGGCACUGAUGGCCUUGCUGGCCGUGGCCACACACGUACCAGCGGCCCACGCCAAGCCCAUCAGCCUGGUGGAGCGGUGCUGGUGUCGGUCCACUCUCAACACGGUCCCCCAGCGCGCCAUCAAGGAGCUCAAGUUCCUGCACACGCCCAACUGUCCGUUCCAAGUCAUUGCCAAGCUGAAGAAUAACAGAGAAGUGUGCAUCAACCCAGAGACCAAGUGGCUGCAGCAGUACUUGAAGAACGCCAUUAACAAGUGCUGAGAAUGGGAGUCAUGAACAAAGGUGAAGAAAUCCAGAAGACGCAGCAGCAGCAACAACAUCAACAACAACAACAUCAACAACAACAACAACAACAACAACAAGAAAGACUAAACUCAGAGAGCGAACCUGAAUACCUCCCCGUCACUGCUAUGGAUGUAUGGAAACACGCUGUAUGUAUCUGUCCACGUCUCUGGACCACCUGCAGAACCAGCACUUCCCCCCCAGCACCAACACAAGUCCACUAGAAACGUACUCAAAGCCAGCUGCAGCCUCUCACCACAGCCUGUGUGUGUGUGUGUGUGUGUGUGUGUGUGUGUGUGUGUGUGUGUGUGUGUGUGUGUGUGUGUGUGUGUGUGUGUGUGUGUGUGUGUGUGUGUUGCUUUCCCUGAGGUCACAGCAGGAGCAGACAAACUGAUAGAAGAGCACUGAUGCUAUGGUGCUACUGUAUGUACCUUUAACGUGUUCCAUUGUUUAUAUUGUGCAACAUUUAAGAUGCAGUGUUGUGUUUAUACCAGUCACAGACGCCUUGAAGCGCUGCUGUGAAGCUAAAUGACAGAGUAAAGUAGAGACGGACGCCGCAGGUGACUGACGAAGGCGAAGACACACUUAUCAAUGCAGCAUGUGAUUAAACACAGACCAAAUAUUUAUGCAGACGAGCACAGAAGAUAAUUCUGAAUGCACCGUCUCUUAUCACUCAGAAUAGGUUAAUGUGGGAAAAGAAAGCGAAGUGAAAAGCAAUACUUCAUAUCAUAUUCACUUUGGAAUGAAAAGCUAAUACAAACACAGCAACCAGCACAAUGAGAAGCGCUACGAAGGGAAUGUUCACGGUGGCAACAGGAAAGUUUUGGAUUGACUCUUUUUAUAUAUAUAUUUGAGCCACUUUAUUAUCAGAUGUGUCUUUUAUAUGUACGUGUUUCAUUUUUAUAUUGUGUAUAAUCUCACUAAAUGCUUUUUAAUGCAAUGUACAGCAGGUAGCUACUAAAUGAAGGCUUUUUCAUACGGCGUGAAGGUUUUACUUUAAAGGAUUUUAGCUCAUUUUCACGUGUGUGUAACAAUUCGAUGGACAGGCCAAACAAAGCAAUAAUGUCCCUCAGGGGCGGCGGCGCCGUGUUUUUCGGAUCAGUCCGUCUGAAAAAUCAACGCGGGACGAAUCUGAAGACAAGACAAGUCUUUGUCAUUGAGUUGCAGGGUCGGGACACGCUCGGCUCAGCCCACAGGUUGAAGGCACCGGUCGGGGUUUUACAGUUUUACCCAGACUGAUGUAUGACGUGUCGAUAGGGCCACUGAGGCGAAAUAGAGCAAAACAUUUGAGUUGGAAAUCCCAGCGAGCGACAUGUGCUUCCAAUCUGGACGCUCCCAGCGCCGCGCGCGCCUUCGCUCCAGCUUCGCUCAGCUGCUGCAAAGCUGCAGCGCGAGCUGCGUUCUCCUCCUCAGCUUGUAAGUCAAGCCCUGGGAGUCCUGAUCACUUGUUGUGUUCUAUUUUACACCCUAUUUGUUAACUGUCCGCUCACAUGCGUUACUCUUACCAAUCUGCAGCUAACUGGAUAACAAUAAUGUGAGUGUAAGUCAGUUCCUAUUAACGUAAUGGAAUUUAUUAGACAUUAAUUUUAUAUAAUUAAAUCACAGUAGUCAGAUUAAACUCCCGUUUCCUAAUGGACUAUGCAGUGAUCAUUAUUCAUUGUGUAAAUCUUAAAACAAACCAUCUAUUCCCAGAUGAGUUUAUCAGAGCUACAUUUAGAUGAAUGUGUUGUUCAAAUAAUGUGAGAAUUAUCUCAAUGACAGGGGAAGGAUUUUACAUAACACUAAAACUCUAAUGUUUUAAAAUGGUUUGUUUUCUUUAGAGGCAUUCAAGUGCAGCUUUAGUUACCAGCCUCUAUUUGAUAGGGUUAAUAAUCUGUGUCACCCAAACUAACACCAGUUGAUGUUGUGUUCGUCACCGCAGGAGAGACGAUUUCAGACCAAACGUGUACAAUCAUUUUUACAGGUCAGAACAUAUUCAGGUCCACGUUUAGUGGCUCUCAGUGUGUGAACAGCUAAAUAAAGGGGGCGCAUGUGUUCUGCUGUGGACCCGAGACAAUGUGAAAUCACUUUGAUUCUUUUGAGGCAGCUUCUGACAAAUAUUCUUCAUAUAUACAGUACGUGAGAUGUUGUAGAGCAUUACUGAACCUUAUGUAUCAUCACCAUUUGUAAACCAAGAGGCAGUAUUUUAGUUACUCAAGUCCUUUUACAAUAAAGCCAUAUGAACUAAA